UUUCGGUUGAUGAAGCAAAGAGUGUGUCACUAAUCUCUCUCCUCUGUCUCUUACACACACUCGUGUGUGUAAAUUCACCCACACACACUUCUUCGAGAUCCUACAACAACUUCAUCCAUUUUCCGAUUCUACAAACAAACGCAAAAUUCACUCUAUAUGCUCACAAAUCCUGUCGUUCUCCGCAUCCUCCAAUGGCUGGCAGUUCAUCUACUCUGAUGGUAUAUAGGCGUUGACCGUGUUGACCGAUUUCUGUCUUCAACCACCGGAAGGACCAUGAAAUUUGUAACCAAGAAAGGACUAAAGUCUAUAGUGCCACUCCGUUUAAAAGGAAAAUCAGCCACUCGUUUUUGUUUUUUCCCGAAAAUAAAAGUGGAAUACGGGCCAGGAAACACACCGGUUUAUCUCAAUGUUUAUGAUUUGACACCCAUGAAUGGCUAUGCUUAUUGGGCUGGAUUAGGCAUCUUUCACUCCGGUGUAGAAGUUCACGGUGUAGAAUAUGCAUUUGGAGCACAUGACUAUCCAUCUAGCGGUGUGUUUGAGGUCGAACCACGACAAUGCCCGGGGUUCAAGUUUCGGAAGUCAAUAUUAAUUGGGACUACAUGUCUGACCCCUGGUCAGGUCAGAGAGUUCAUGGAGCAUCAUGCCGCAAACUACAAUGGUAACACAUACCACCUAAUCAUCAAGAACUGCAACCAUUUCUGCAACGACAUUUGCUACAAGUUGACCGGCAAGCAAAUCCCUAAAUGGGUUAAUCGACUCGCUAAAUUGGGUUCAGCUUUUAGCUUUAUUUUACCGGAAGCCCUUAAAGUGUCGGGUGUGCAACGUGAUCCUCGCUGCUUACCAUUCGAGAGUGAGAAGAGAAGACUAAGGAGCAACAGUUUUAGCUGCUUAGCUUCGGUUUCAUCAAGACAGAAACACUUGUCAACGUCGUCUCUGUUUCUCCAGUCGCCUUUUAAGGGUUGUUUACUGUCGAGAACUCGUGUCCCCGAUUCCGGAAAGGUCACUGGCUAGAGUUGCGUUUUUUAUCAGCGAAAUCUCCUAAAAAGGCGGUUUUGGUUUGAUUGUUACUUAGUUGUGUAUGUUGUAAUCAAACUAUCUGAAACUUUAGGGAAGCCGAUGUGUAGAGAAGUUGUUUAUCUGACUUUUGUCAAUCUGUCGGGUCUCAAAUACUGCUCGGUUUUUGUUGUAACCAAUAUCUAACAUCCGAGGCGUACAUACAUAACGGUGGUCAUAUGUCCAAUGAAACUAUCCAAAUUGUCCCUCAUCAUUUUUAACAA